UGUAUAUUCUUUUGUUACCACACGGGCUGUAAUAAUGCCAUUACGUAGGCUACCGUAAGUAAAGUUCGGUGUUCUUAAGACUUGGUGGAAAAUGCGGGGGUUACCCGCCAUAUAACCACCUGAACUUUGCACGGGCCCUAAUGUACAAGGUAAACCGGGGUAUUUGAAAAGUUCAUCAACCAAGUACACGAGCAUGAAUUACUUGGCACCUUUAGACAUUAGAUUCUCUCAAGAUAGUAUAAAAAGUAGAUUCCAAGAUGGUAGAUCUGUUAUGCAAGCUAUUUUCGACAUUAGAAAUGGGCGAAUGAAAGCCACCGAUUUCCCAACUAUAUCAGUUAAAGAUAUGAACGGUAAUUACUACACCUGCGACAACAGGCGACUGUACGUGUUCAGAGUUUUGCAAUGCGAGGGCAUCUUGAAUACAGUUCCAGUACACAGAACUUCGUAUAUAGACUACCGUAAAUUUACAACCGAGAACCAGGGUGUGUCCAUCAGAGUACGGCAAGGUAGCACACUCCCACACUCGAAAAUCCCAACAAAUAAUACAACUAAAAACAGAAGUUUUGCAAACCAAAGCGUUGCGUCAAGUAGCCCGACGGCACCCGCUGUGUCAUCAAUCAGUGAAACCGGUUCCACAAUUAAGCCACCAUUUAGAAUAUGUCUUCAAGAAAUAAGACAAGAAUCGCGGCACUCUUCGGAACUUAUUUCCGGAACGAUUCCAAAACCAUUAAGUCCCAAUACUACGUCACAUGUCUCAACACCGGAAAACGCCCCACCACCAGAUCCCGGUUGCUAUGCAGCGCACUCAACGUCGUUAUUAAAACGCCCUGAAAUCGUGACGAUACCGGAAAGUUCUUUGGAGCCCUCUACUGGCUUUCACAUAAGAGAGUCGAUUAAAGCUCCCUCCAUUUUAAAAGUUAGACCCAGUGCUGUGUCUUUCUCGAUACGGAAUUUAUCGGGAAAGAUUAACAACUUAAACAAGUAUUGCGAAAUUAUGGUAAAUAACGAAGAGAAUAGAAAAUCGAUAUUAGAAUCAUUUGAACCGUUGCAUGUAUAUAAGGAUGGCUCACAUUACAUUGUUAUGCGUGGUGCUGGCUUCAACAUGAAGCUCUACAUAUGUCGAGUGCUGGAAUAUUGUGGAAAAGUGUCUGAAAUCAGAGUUAAGAUUUUGACAACACCCCCAAAGCUGCCAUUUCAACCCUACAGCGAACUAGAAACAACACGAUUCAACGAAAGUUUGUUGCCUCAUUCAAAUGAAGACGUUUUGGCAGAAAGAAUAAAAAGCCUAUGAACCUGUCUCGCUUAUGACCAAAGAACACAAAUAAUGAAUGACAGGAAUAAAGAACGAAAACUCUAUUUGAAUAUAGGCGAAUCUUUUUAUUAUGUUGAUACAUGGUCGACAAAUUA